AUGGAGGAAAGUGAUGCAAAUACUCCUACCACAUUUUUAGAUAAUUUAGCUAAAUCUGUACAUGGUGUAAAGAAAAUUUAUAUCUCAGAUUCCCAUGGUGCCAUAUUAGCUGAAUCUUCAGCUCCAAAAAAUGAAAAAGAAGAAAAAAUAGUUCGUUCUUUUCCAACAUAUAACGACCGUCUCGGAAAAUUAUCAUAUGGAAAUAACAAGUCGAUCAUAGUUGAAUGCAAUGAUACUUCUUAUGUGAUGUGCGAAACAGAAUCCUUCUUUAUUACUUUUGUUUGCUCGAAAGAUGCAAACUUUUCCCUUCUUAGCGAAUUUCCAAACGAUAUGAGUGGUUUCUUAACUCAAUUACGAUCUUAUGUUGAUCAAAUGUAA